AUGAUUUAUCACAUAAUCAAAUUUGAUCAAAAUUUAAAAUAAUAAAAAUUAUCACUUAAUUUUAAAAACUCUUUUGAGGAAUAUCUUUUGAAAAAAUAGAGAGAAUUAAAACAAGGAGAAUUAUGCAUUAACUUGAGAUAAAGUUGGUUAAUAGUUAAUUUAUUUUCUUCUGUUAAAAAUGUAAACACUACGAACUAGAAACAAAGAGAAAAACUUCGAGAUAAAGACAUAACUAGAGAAGAUCUGUUUUUAAUGGAAAAAAUAAUCUAAUUAAAAGCAAAAUUAAGCGAAUUAAGAAAAAAAUUGGAAGAAAAAAUUACAGUUUAAAAACAACAAUUGGCAAUUACAGAAAGCAGAGAAGAAGAAGAAUAAGACUAAGUAGACGUAGAAGAGUAAAAACAAUUAUCCGAUAAAAAAUCAUCUAGUCAAAUUUCAUCUUUUUAACAAGACCAACCAUCUUAAAAAAAAAAUAAGUAUGAAAUGGACGUAUUGAGAGGCACAAAAAACAUUUUCACUAUCCCUUUAGAAUCAGCAAGCGAAAACACUAUUCCUCAUUUAACAAAUGUUGUCAAGAUAAAUGAAUAAUUUAGUAUGUUAGAAGUUGGCAUGUAUCCCAAAGAUUGGAUCUUUGCAUAACUUGAUGGAUUUUCAUAAUUCUCAUACAUGUAUUUUUACAAAUACUAUUUUGAUCAACUUUUCUUAAAUAAAGAAUUAAUCUAACUGAUUGAUGGUGAAUAUGAAAAACUAAAGAAUCAUCAAGAUUUAAAUCCAAAAUUUUACCAGUUAUUUAACAGCUAUUUUUCAGAAAACAGCUGGAGAGAAAUUGUAAAUAAGAUAAAAACUAAAGAAAGUUUUUUCUAAGUUAUUAUGGACUAUUUUGAAAAUUAGGCACAUGCAUACGCAUCAGCUCAAUAUGCUUCUUUUACUUAAUUGAUUCAGAACGAACCAAAUAGUUAAUAAGCAAAGUGUUUUAUUCAAACCAUAGAAACUAUUAUGAGAACAAAUGAUUUUCUCUUAUAAGGUUCAGAUGCUUUAGGUUUCUCCAAAAUUAUUCAUAAUUAUUCUAACAGUUUUUAGAAACAUUAUGUUGUUGGCAGUAAUGAAUAAAUAGCUAACUUGUUGAUAACAAAAUAAUCAAUAUUGUAAGAAAGGAUGAAUACUUCUCAACAAGCUAUGAAAGGUUUUUUCAAUCCAUAAGAAAUUAUGAAAGAAUAUUACGAUAUGCAAGAAGAACGUUUAAGAUUAGAAGACGAACUUUCACAAAGAUAAAAAAAACUUUUGCAAGAAUAAGAAGAACUUUUGCCAGUAUAAACAAGUUUAAAAGGAUAAACAAGUUUACAAAGAAAAGAUCUCUUGGAGAUUACUUAUCCAACUCUUGUUUAGUCAUAAAUGAAAAUUUUACCUUAAUCCCAGAAUGAUCUUGAUUCUUCAAAUAUCAUUUAGUAAAUAAAAAGAAGUAAAGAAUCUAUUUAAGUUGUCCAAGUUGGUUAAUGUUAUUAUUCAAACGAUGAAAAAAAUAUUUAUAACAUAGGAGUUGUAAUCAACAUUAACAAUCCAAAAAUUUUUAAAAUGUUGCUUCCAAAUAAAGAUUCUUGGAAAAACAUUCAUCUUGUCUCUGCGACAAAACAAGAGAAAAUACUCUUCGUUAAUUGCGUUAAAGAUUAUUUCAACAACCCAAACACAUUUAAGCAAUACGAUUGUGAAAAGAUUUUUUAUCGUUCAGAAAUGGACGAUUAAAAAUUUACCAGCCUGAUGAACAAUUCUGUAUCCUGUGAAGAAGAAUAAAAUGGUGUUUUAAUUAGAAAAUACGAAGGAGAAAAAAUAAUAAUAAUCAAGGAUUCCACUCUUAAAAGAAAAGGCAUGAUCUUAAAAUUGGAAAACAAUAUUUAAGAAAAAUAAAAAUUUGAUUAGGCUAAAUUUCCAGAUUUUAAAUCACUAUUAUCUAAUUGUGUAAAUAAAAAUACAUCAAUAAAUUAAAUAAAAGAAUUGACAGAUCCAACAAAAAUUAUGAAAUUAACUUAUGCUAAAGUAAUCGAUUAUCAUAACUUAUUUUCUGUUACCGACUCUUUAAUUUCUAAACAAGAAAUGAAUAAUUUUGAAAAUCAAAAAAAUAUGCCAGAAGAACAAUUUUACUAAUAAUUUGAUAAGAUGGAAGAUUAACUUUUGACUAAAGAAUAAAUACAGUAAGAAUUAUCGAUCUAAUAAGAAGAAGAAAAAGAAGAAGAAGAAAGAAAAGAAGGAAAAAAAGAAUAAAUAGUCGAAAGAUAAACAAUAAACAAAGCCAAACUUUAAAAUUAACCUUAAAUUGUUGGAAAUAAAACAAUUAGAACAAAGGAAAUUUCAGCUAUAAAUGAUUUUUCAAAUAAAUUAAAUUGUUGUUAUCUCGCCGAACCAAUAGUCAAUGCUUUUAAGUAGAUGAGCACUGGCUUGCUUUUGGAAAAUAAAUAUGUAUUUUAUUUCGGCCUUAAAAAAUUAAUAACAAAGAUAAUUGGUUCUGUUUGCCCUCCUAUAGAAUCAAAAAAUCACACAAAAUCUAAAGAUUUCAAAAAUUUUACAGAAUUUAUAAGAGCAGUUUUCUUUGGUAAUACUUCCUAAAGAUAAAAAGAAAUAAAUGCUACUGAAAUAGAUAAAUUAAGAUCUGUUCUAAUUUAACAAUCUAGAACAGCUCUGAGAUUAUUUAGCUAAUUGUACGGAGUAGAAAUAAACAAUUAUUUAUGUAAAUAAAUUUUUGAAUGUCUUCAGUAUUCUUAAAUUGAUACCUAUACGAAAAAACACUAUGAUCGUUUAUAAUUGUCAGGAAUCAAUACUGUAUGGAAAGAAUUAUUUUCCGUAAAAGAGAAAGAUGUAGAAUUAUUUAAUAAAACUUAUGCAAAACUUUUAAUUUACACAAAUGUUGUUGCAUAAAUGUGUAAUAAAUCUUAAAAUGAUGAAAAUAAUUAGGCUUUCUUAAGCGAAUAUUCCCAGAGAAUGAUAAAAAAAUUGUCAUUGAUUUUAUUCCCUCACAGAAGAUCAAACAGAAAAAUGAACAAUAUUGAUCUUGUUUAAUUUUUCAUAAUAUCUGCUGAUAUUUUUGCUUUGUUGUAAGGCUUCAACAAUAUUAGAGAAAUCUUUUAUGAAUAAGCAAAGAUGCUAGAAGACAAGGAGUUCAAGAAAAUGUUAAAAAGAGGAUAAAUGCUACCAAUAAGAAUUAAUAAAUAUUUCUACUUAUCUAUGUUUAGCAAAUUCAAAAUAAAAUUAAUAGAUGGAGAAAAUUAUUAAUUUCCAUUAAUAGAUGGAAAACCCGAGAGAGACCCAAAGUAUAGAAAAUUACUUAAAAAUUAAUCUCACUCAUAAUCGUAAUAAUCUGAAUAAUCGUAAUAAUCUCAAUAAUCAUAAUCUAAAUCUAACGUUGGAAAAUUCGAUUUAACGAAAAUUAUCGGGCCAAAUAAAACUGGUAAAUUUUCGUCUAACAAUCCUAAUGCCAAUUUUAGAAACAAUAAAAAAAAUUGA